UAUUGAUAUGUCUCAAUCUUACCUAGUUCAUCAAACUUAACACAUCUUCACUACAAAAAUUCGCUAGUUUACCGAAGGAAUUACCGACGGAUGGAAAUCCCUCGGUGAUCGACAAAAACGCCAUUGAAGACAAAAAAAACGGAAGUAGCCAGAGAUGUACAGAGCAAAGAGUCUCUACCAAAUCACCACACCUUGUCAGCAGCGGCUGAGUCACUCCUCGAGAGUCGGUUAUGAACGUAGAAGGAGGAAGUGGAUGCCGCAGGAGCUCACGGGAGGUGUGGUGGAGCUCACGUGCAAGUCGCCUGCGCCUAGCGGCAUCUGCAAUGUCUAUUUGGUUGGAACUAAUCACACUUCUCUGGAAUCUGCGAGAUUAGCUCAGGCUGCAGUGAAAUUCUUCAAGCCAGAGGUUGUUUUCUUGGAGUUGUGCGACUAUCGCAAAUCUAUUAUAACGGGUCAACCUAAGAAGGUACCAACCAUUCGAGAAAUGGUGGAUAUGUGGAGGAUGAAUAUGACUGCUUCGUUUAUUCUUUUCGAGUGGUAUGUUAGAAAGUGUGCUGAAUCAUGGGAUGGAAUAAACAUUGGAGAGUCUUACUUGGCAAAUGCGGAAGCACUGAAAUAUGGAGCCAAGGUUAUACUUGGUGAUCGACCAGAUCCGGUUACAACGAUGAGAUAUAUAGGCAAGACGUCUCUCGUGCAUUUGUUGAUUCAAAAAGAGAUAAGUUUGCCAAAAGAUUGGUGUGUCUUUGAAAAGUGGAAUGUUCCUUUAUGUAGAUCCGUUCAUGCAGGCACAUUGGAUCGAGUCAACGAGGAGUAUGCCAAGCAGGAUCCUAUCGCGGCCGAGACUUUCGUAGAUGAGCGUGAUCAAUAUAUGUCAACAAAGCUACUAGAAGUCGCAGUCCAGCAUGAAUCCGUUGUAGCUGUCGUUGGAAUGGGCCACGUACUAGGAAUCAAAAAAUACUGGAAUCGGAAACACCCUAUCGACGUUGAGCAACUUCUUAGCAUUCCAGAACAGCCAAUAACGGUAGGGAGUGUACUUGGUUUUAUUGGAGGAAUACUAGUCAUAAUCUUGGAUGCCAUACACAUUAACGUCAAAAGGCGCAGGGACAGGGUCAAGAAGAUGUAAGAUAUUACAAGUCGAGCAAUUCCUUAAUUUGCAUCAUCAGAAAAUGAAGGCGACUUCUCUCAUUUGGAUCAAUCGCCAAAAUGUCAUCUUGUGUUGAACUACAUAUGUAGCCAUGACUUCUUCAACUCUGGAUUGUUUCACAACAAAAAUUAAAGUUUGAUACUCUAGACUUUUUUCAGACGAGCAAGAGAAAGAAAAAAUAUUUGCGCAUUUGCUUCAUACAUAGAAUUAUAAAUUAAUUAUUAUAUUAGUAUAAUGUUGUAAAAGUAAAAUUUAAGUACUUCCUUAAUCCCAUAAAAAUAUAGGGACAUUUGGGACGACACGAGAAUUAGUGUACAUCAUUAGCAAAGUAAGAGAGAAGAGGAGGAAG